GUUCAACAUACUGUGGCUUAUCAACCAACAGGUUGUAUAUAUGGACCCUGCAAAAGAUACAACAGUCCAUGGGCGGUGUCAGAAAACGUUCAAAGAUUCUGCCGGGUCAAUGCACCCAAAGGUGUCCCGUCCGCCUGCAUGCGCUUCUGAAUGAUAGGAAGAAAUCUCUUAUCAGGAAAGCAGCUUAAUUAUCCACACGUGAUCAGCCUACAGAAUCAGAUGAGCGUUGAUCGACCACAAAGCACACUUAACGACAUCUGCUACAGGUCUGGGGGCCGUCGUAUGGAUACCCAACAGACACGCCGAAUUAUUAAUGUCCCAAGGAAAGUCCCUUGCGCUAAGUCAAAACUCUUUCCUCCAACCUCCGGAGAAGGGGGAUAAUUCCGAGGAGGAUCAUUCCGAGGAGCUUUCUUUCAGACGACAGAAGCGGCAAGCAACUGUUUACGAUGCUGUAGCUGGCCGGAUAAAUGCGCAUGGGUUCCUCCCACUAGUGCCGUUCGCUUCGCGAUACCGUGACACGGCGUCGUCCAAUUCUCGACCUGUUCGUCCGGAAGAAGUUCUCUUUCGUCGGCAAAAUGCACCCAUCCGGUACGAGGAAAACGACUUUUACUUUGCCCACGAAUCUCUCCCGCCUGAGCGUCCGCUGCCCAGUUCCGACUUGUUAGAGGCUAUUCAUUCCUACUCGGCUGAUUACUACGACUACGCGACUCCGGAUCGCGGCCAGGAUGAUUACCAGAGCAUGGAUGAAACGGCAUUGAUUGCCAUGGGCAUACUGAUGGAGGAGAUGGCGAAGGAGUCCCUGGGUGAGACAGGGGACCUGGUUCUCGUGGAGGGAGAAGAGCUACGAAGUGACGAAGAUCAGUCCCAGCACCAGACGACAAGGAGCGCCCGCCGUAAAAGGGCCAAUACCGGUCGUAGUAGUAUCUUGGCAAGCUCGGGAGACGAACUAGGGAGUAUCGUGAGGAGGCAUAGGAAGAAGCGAACAAAGAAACAGCGACUGGUUCGGACAGCUUCGACUACGGAUGCGGAGUGAACGAAACACAUUCCCUGCGACUAGUGGCAAUUGCGUGGAUAUAUCGUGCCAGCUAUUAGUAGUUUCUUUUUGCCUGGAAUUGAUUGGUCUCGUGAUUUGGCCCAUACGCACUUAAUAACAACAGUGGGUGUUGGUGAUUCGGGACGCUUCGAUCCCUUGACAAUUGAUCCGCCAAUGAGC